GUCCAUAUAAAACUGAAGCGCCAGGAUCUCUCAAAAGCUCUUCGCGAGAUAGCGUUAAGCGCGUGCCACUCCCGAGCUCAUCACGAAGAAGUGCCAAACUAGGUGUAAAGAUGCACAGAACAACUAGAUCCCCAAUGAUGCAAACCCUGGUCAACUCGGGAAUGGGCAUAGCUCCUUUCUUCAAGGUGACUGUGUUCGAGCAGGAGCACUUCCAGGGCAAGUGCCAGGAGUUCACCUCUGAGUGCUGUAACAUCCACGAGUGUGGUCUGGACAUCAUCCGCUCCAUCAGAGUGGAGAGUGGAGCCUGGGUGGGCUUUGAGCACCAUGAUUUCCAGGGCCAGCAGUUCAUCCUGGAGAGAGGAGAGUACCCCCACUGGGACGCCUACAGCGGCUCCCUGUCCUACCACGUGGAGCGUCUCAUGUCCCUGCGUCCCAUCUAUUGUGCUUCCCACAUGAGCAGUCGUAUGAUGAUUUUUGAGAGAGAGAACUUCAUGGGCCGCAGUGUUGAGCUUUGUGACGACUACCCCUCCCUGCAGGCCAUGGGCUGGUCCAUGCCCGAGGUCGGCUCCAUGCACGUGCAGUGUGGCGCCUUUGUGUGCUACCAGUUCCCCGGCUACAGGGGCCAGCAGUACAUCAUGGAGUGUGAGAGACACAGUGGAGACUACCAGCACUGGAAGAACUGGGGUUCCCACUGUCAGACCCCCCAGAUCCAGUCUAUCCGCCGUAUCCAGCAUUAAGAGGGGCUAGAGGCUGAGAGGCCCACGGACAGCAACCCCCCAACCCCCCCCAACCCCUCUGUCCAGGUCACCUGGGCUGAUUGGGGAGCCAAGCCCCACACCGUGCUCGAACCAGAGGAGAGGUCAACGUAUCCUCAGAAAACAGUUUCAAGAUGGCUGCCUCUGUAGCACAGCUCUGAUGUGAUGUGUGUAGAGGAGAUUGAACCACAGGUUACUUAAUAAACUAAUGUUCACUUCA